CGAAGUUGGAGGAAUGGAUCCGCGAUCGCCCGAGCUCACAAUGUACUAUGACAAGCGCUACAAGCAGUUCUUUUUCGCGGGUGCGCACCAUCCCGAGCUCGGUCCCACCACCACGCCGACCGUGCAAGUGGUCCAGCAGGAGUCCUCGACGAACCGGCAACCCAUCCUUGUGUCUUCCGCCGUCAAACGUCAGCGGCGUCCGAAGGGUGCGCGGGUCAGCUGGGCAGAGGGUGUUCAGAGCCAAAGCGGACGGAGGUGGCGCUUCGACACCUGCAUCUACGCCGCGGUCUGCAUAGCGCUGUUCCUAGCCGUAGGCCUAGGACUCAUGGUCUUCAUCCCGCUGAAGUUGUUCGCCAAAGACGCGACUACAACGGACGACGAGGACGGGACGACUGCCACGGUCGACCAAUCUCUGUCUGCGUACCUUCCGCCAUCGAACCGCGAACGGCGGUCUACGGUCGGCACCGACUACGUGAGUUCCCCGGAACCGAUUGGGAUGAGCAUGCUAGCUGGCGACGAAAGUUACAACAGAGUUGCCGCGCAGCACGCCGCGCAGCACGCCUCGGCGCUCGGUGGCCACGGAACUGGAAAGAAGACCAUCGUCAACGUUUGCUUGCUUGACAAUGCGAUCAUGCAGUCUGGAGCAGCGGCCGAGGAAUCUCACUCGAAUCGCUCACGAACCACCUCGUGCAACCUCAUUGUGGAAUGUCGUUACUACAUCGACAAAGAAGAGAUGCGUUUGCGCACAAAUUCGCGGUCUAUUACAGGCAUCCAUCGUCAUCGAUUCAGACAAGUGGAGCAAGUGGCAGCGAGCGGAAGUCGCGUCUCCGUGCUUCUAUGCGUUUCCCUCGACAAUGAAUACCUCCGUAAAUUGGCGGCGGAUAAUGCGCGGCAGCUUACCAAAUUGCUGCACGACGUCGCGAUGGAACUACGCGCAGCAGCGUACGAGGGUAUCUGCCUCCGAUUAUCCGCAGCGCCUGCCGAGGUCGAAUGAACUCCCACGAGAUCACGCGACUGGUCGCAGCCCUCGGCAGGCCGCACGCGGUACUGCUUUACCCGACACCUGCGCUGUUUAGGAACCAGGCCAAGUGGCCUUCACCGAUGGAAAUAGCCUUUCUACCGUUGAAGGCCAGCGCAAGUGUCUGCUACCUGCUUCCGGCCGCCGCACACGGUGUCGCUCUUCAAGGGAUCUGUGACGUGCACAAGGUGCAGCGUAUCAAGAAUCUAUAUGUGUUGAAAACGGUGUUAGAAGGGUGCCGCUUAUGGAAUCGCUCUUGGACCGCGGUGAUUGACGCAUACAGCACGUACGCGUGUAAUGCGAACGCGGGAAUCAUUUUCCAGACAGCUGAACAGGCAACGAGAUUCCGCGAAGACAUUGUUCGCUACGCCCACGCUACGUGCAUCGGAGAUAGCGGCACCGAAUUUGACUCAUUUCCUGCGGUGUGCGAAUAAAUGUAAGAUAACGACGACGCCAUCCUAAUUUACCACCUGCUGCAGCUAUAUGACAAAGCGCGUGGCGCUACUGACAAAUUUGUGGCUUAGCCCCAUAUAUCAAUUGUACUUCGCGUUGAGAACUUCCCGUUCUCUCAGCGCCAAUUUACUCUCGCUUCUUUUACAAAAGCUUGCGAGUUGUGAAAUAUGGCUUACAUCUGUGCACGACCAUUGCCAAUAUUGUGCAAACACGUUACUUUCUGAGUCAAGGCA